CUCAACAGCUCCAGAAAUCUCUCGUUAGAAAUCUUUUCAUACUUCACAUCUCUCCCUCUCUCUCAUCCACACAUUCUCUCUCUCUCUCUCUCUCUCUCUCGAUCCCCAUCUCUCUCUUCACGACUAGCUGUUUUCUCAUGGCUCCCGAGAUCGUCAUCAGCAGCAAGACCGCCGGUUUCACGAAACCGCCUGGCGGUUUUCCGAAGCGGGCUUACGUCACGUUCCUUGCAGGGAAUGGGGACUACAUAAAGGGCGCGGUGGGUCUAGCCAAAGGUCUAAGAAAAGUGAAAUCCGCCUACCCUCUGGUGGUGGCGGUUUUGCCUGACGUGCCUGAGGAUCACAGGCGGAGUCUCGAAUCUCAGGGCUGUAUUGUCAGGGAAAUAGAGCCCGUCUAUCCGCCGGAAAACCAGACGCAGUUUGCCAUGGCGUAUUACGUCAUCAACUACUCGAAGCUGCGAAUCUGGGAGUUCGUGGAGUACAGCAAGAUGAUAUACUUGGAUGCGGACAUCCAGGUGUACGAUAACAUCGAUCACCUCUUCGACUACCCCGACGGCCACUUCUACGCCGUGAUGGACUGCUUCUGUGAGAAAACGUGGAGCCACACGCCUCAGUACCAGAUCGGCUACUGCCAGCAGUGCCCUGACAGAGUGCAGUGGCCUACCGAGCUGGGCCCACCACCCGCCCUCUACUUCAACGCUGGGAUGUUCGUCUUCGAGCCCAGCAAGGCCACCUGCAACUCCCUCCUCGAGACACUCAAGGUCUCGGAGCCCACUCCGUUCGCGGAGCAGGACUUCUUGAACACGUUCUUUAGGGAUAUUUACAAGCCUAUCCCUCUGAUCUACAACCUGGUCUUGGCGAUGCUAUGGCGUCACCCCGAGAAUGUGGAGCUCGACAAGGUCAAAGUCGUCCACUACUGCGCCGCGGGAUCCAAGCCGUGGAGGUACACGGGCAAGGAGGACAACAUGCAAAGGGCGGACAUAAAGACGCUGGUCCAAAAGUGGUGGGACGUGUACGACGACGAGUCGUUGGAUUACAAACCACCGGUGGCUGGGGAGGAGGAUCCCAACAGCUUGCAGCCGUUCCUUGCGGCCCUGUCGGAGGCAGGCGUGGUGCCUUACGUAACAGCCCCGUCGGCUGCGUGAGCCACGGCGACUGGAUUGUGAUUUGUUGCACGGGAGUGCGCGUGUAGUGUACUAAGAUCGUAAAUAGGCAAAGAGGGUUUAUACGUAGAAGGGUAUUAUGGGAAUUAUGGGAAUGUCCUUUGUUUUUUUUUUUUUAUAAACCUUUUCAACCCGCUCCUGUGCAGGAAUGUAAAUUUUUUUUAUUUUUUAUUUUCUUUUGUUUUCGACGAAUUGGAUUGCAUUUAUGAACUGUUAUUUGUUUUGUUUUGUAUACUCGUGCGUGUAUUUUAUUAAGUAACUCGAAAGAAAUUGAGAUCUACCCCCAAUCGGGGCUAUUUAUUA